UCUCCAUUUCUCGGUGGAGGGGUCAAGAAGUCUAUCCUGGACCUGUAGGAGGAAUCCAGAGAAGCGAAGCUUUUAGUAUAUAUCACCGCUGCACAUUUGAGAGGAGAGGCAGAGGAAGGAGGAGGAAGGAGGAAGAAGAGGGUUUUGCUACGUGGCAUGGAAUUCAUGGCAUAGUUGGUUCUUUCUUCUUCCUCUUCCUACCUCUGCCUCUUGCUCUUCCUUCUUCGAUCGCAAGCAGCAGCCUGUCCACCCUCGCAGCCAGCCGCUGUCGAGAGCGGGGCGGUCGUCACCGCCGGCUGCUCUCUGCCACGCCGCUUCGACCAGGUGAGAUGGAAGGUUUCGAGUUCUUCCAGAUCAUACUUGACAACUCCUCGAGCAGGCUGAGGCUGCCUGACAAGUUUACCAGGGUGCUACUAGACGGCGGCAAGCCCCAGGAAGUGAAGCUACGGGAGGCCGGUCAUAGGCGUCGCUUCUGGGACGUGAAGGUGGUGCUGGACGCCGACGGCCACAUGUACCUAGGGCGCGGCUGGGAGCAGUUCGCCCGUGCGCACGGCCUGCGGCUCGGCUACUUCCUCGUCUUCAGCUACGACGGCGACGCCGUGCUCACCGUCAAGGUGUUCGACGUGAGCAUGUGCCGCAGGCACUACCAGCACGACGGUGACACCAGCAGUGGGAGCAGCAGCGACGGUGACAGUGGGAGCAGCAACACCAGCGACGGCGGCGGUGGUGGAAACAACUGGAGCCUGGCGGAGAUGGACGUCGAGGACGGGCCGACGGGGCAGUUCAGCGCCAUGCUGAGGAAAUGCAACCUAGGCAUGAAGCAGGAACAGUACCUGAACGUGCCGGUGGAUUUCCAGCUCGCGCACGGGUACGCGGAGAGGAGCAAGGUGGAGCUGCGGAUGCGCGGCAAGUCGUGGCUCGUGCACCUGAAGCACAACCCCAAGACGGGUGGCAGGUCCCGCGCGUCGUUUAGGUACGGGUGGCACCAGUUCUGCGUCGACAACGCCCUCGGCGUGGGCGACACCUGCUUCUUCCGAGCGCUCCGGCAAGGUAGCGCCGCCGGCGGCGGCGAGGACCACCUUCUCAAGGUGGAGGUGAGGAAGCGAGACGGCAGCUUCCUGGUCUGAGACGAGGGCGGUGGCCGCCGGCCUCCGUUGCACCAGCCUGGUUGGCCGGCGUAGCCUCCGGCACGACUCAGUGCGUUAUUAAUAAUGAUUGUAAGACCUUAAUUCUCGGUAGUCCACUGCCGAUGGUACUAGCAGGAGCGUGAGUAAGUAGAGAGUGGAGUCUAAACCUGGCUGUGUUUAUCCGUGUGCAAAUGAUUAUUGUUGAGCAUCUUGUCAA